AGAAUAUAAGACAGUCGUCAUCUGACAUUUGAUAUAUCGAAGUGGACAAUCGAUUCUAAUUUAACUUCACUCUCUACAGUCAACAUCGCCAUCAUCAUCAUCUCCAACGGCACGAUCACAAAUACCAAAACUCCAAAAGUAAUACAAAAGAUUAUUUACCACUACAAUCAACUACAAUUAUAAAUCAAUGAUAAAAAUAUAAAAACCCAAUAAAACAACACACAAACUGUGAAUUUAAUUACCUUUUUUUAUUUUUAUAACUCAAUGUUGCAUUUAAUUUUUUUGUGAUUGAUUAGUUAUAUUGUUUUUAUUAACAAAAUCAAAUAAUUCCCCAUCAACAAUAAUCAAAACAAAACGAAAAAAAAAAUAACAAGGGUAAUGACAACUCUGAUCUUUGGAAUUGGUAUUGGAUUGUUCAUUUUAAUAUCAAUUUGGUUAUUAGCUGGUUUGAUAUUUUCAAUAUCAUCAAGAACUGAUAAAAAAUUUGGAUUUAUUGCUAUUGCAAUUGCUACAUUAUUAACAUUUAUAUUAAUUUGUUUACCUAAAAAUUCGGAGCAUCCAAAUAUUAAAGAAGAAAAGCUUUAUGAUCAUUAUUUUAUUUUACGAAUUUCUCUGGUUGUUUUACUUGCUGCAUCAUCAGUAAUUGCAGCUGUUGGGUAUGUCAAUUAUGCUUUGAUGGAAACAAAAAAACCCCAAAGAAUAACAACUUGGAUUCAUUAA